AUGGACCGGUCACGCGAGUUCCACUCGCUGCUUGUGAUGGCAAGGAACAGCGUGGUUGCCGUUGAAGCAAUAUAUCCGGUGGAACGUAGCUAUGAUCAUAUCCACGCCCAGUUCCAGUCACUCAGCACUAAAAUCCGUGCUGAGAUCACGGAGGCACGUCGCAUGCUGUUGACACUGAAUUGUGAAUAUCCUGCGCCCGCAGCAUGGCACUCUGAUAUUCCUCUCGCGCCAACACAGCUCAUGCCAUCUAGUAUUUUAAAUUGUCAACCUUCUUUUUCACUUGACGCAAUCAAGGCGCUGGCGACAAAUGUUACCAAGGAGAUUCAGCAUUUGAAAUCGUUUCAAUACUCCGUUGCGGCGAUGAAUGGCAUCCCUGCUUCAUAUGCAGAGCACACCCUCCUUGUCUGCAAAUUUUUAGAAAACUGCUGCAGAUCGCUUGCCGAUCAAUUUGAGAAGAUCUUGCGCCGCGAAAAAAGCUUUGGUUCCCAACCAACCAUCUCCGAGGCACCGGCGGGUGUGCAGCAAAUGAGCCAAUUGCCAAUGACUUCUCAAUUGACAGCCUCAAAUCCAGCGAAUAUACAAUCGGCCACUCAGUUGGAAGCUGUAUCGCUCCGCUUGGCCCCUCAAAGAUACGCUGCUGGACAAACCACAUACACCUCCGCCUAUCCAUCUGCGCUACGCGGGCGCUAUCUCACCGGUACUGAUAUUCACUCUGCAUAUGAAGACGUAUCUGCUUGUGCAUAUUCGUCGGCUUCUAAGAUGGCUCUUCACCAGGCCCCUGCUUCGGCCAGCAGUGGCCGGUUGGAAAGUAUAGAAUCUACUGUCCAUGAGCUGGGCACCAUUUUCCAACAGUUGGUCCAGCUUGUGUCUCUUCAAGGAGAAACCAUUCAACGCUUUUUCGCAUGCCGAUGUUGCCCAGCACGAGCUGUACCGCUUCUGGCAGAGCGAAAGCAGACACCGCUCCGCCAUUUUAAAGGCAUUCGGUCUGCUGGCCCUGGUCGCGCUAUUCGUCUUUUUCUUUGUUGUGUAAAUAGGCGCCCCUUGAUCGUUUUGUUUAUUCCGUUAUUUGCCGCACGCUUAUGA